UGCUCUGGAAAGUCACUCUCCUCUACAACCGUGAGUCUCUCCGGCCAGACCUCCCAGGAAGGACAACAAAUCCGAAGCCGAUAUUAAGGCUAAAACAAUUUAUAAUUAAAAAAAAAAAAAAAAGGGCAAAAUGCAAAUGUUGAGCGCUGUCGCGGUGCUUUUAGUAGCGUGCUGCGCGCAAGCGACGGUCUACUUUCGUGAGGAGUUCACGGACGGCGCCGAAUGGAGAAGUCGCUGGGUGGACUCCAAACACAAGUCUGACUACGGAGAGUGGAAACUGACGUCUGGCAACUUCUAUGGAGACGCUGAAAAAGACAAAGGGCUCCAGACAAGCCAGGAUGCCCGAUUCUAUGCCACCUCUGCCCGCUUUGAGCCGUUCAGCAACGAGGGCAAGAGCCUGGUCAUCCAGUUCUCGGUCAAGCACGAGCAGAAAAUCGACUGCGGCGGCGGCUACGUCAAGGUCUUCCCAGCCGACCUGGAUCAGACAGCAAUGCACGGGGAUUCUUCGUACUACAUCAUGUUUGGCCCUGAUAUUUGCGGCUACAGCACCAAAAAGGUCCACGUCAUUUUCAACUACAAGGGCAAGAAUCACCUCAUCAAGAAGGAAAUUAAGUGCAAGGAUGACGAGUUAACCCACCUGUACACGCUGAUCCUGAAUCCCGAUCAGACCUACGAGGUGAAGAUCGACAACGAAAAGGUGGAAUCCGGCAGCCUGGAAGAGGACUGGGACCUGCUGCCCCCGAAGAAAAUCAAGGACCCCGAAGCCAAGAAACCCGAGGACUGGGAUGACCGGGCCAAGAUUGACGACCCAGAGGACACCAAGCCUGAGGAUUGGGACAAAUCCGAGAACAUCCCCGAUCCCGAUGCCAAAAAGCCAGAGGACUGGGACGAAGAGAUGGAUGGAGAGUGGGAGCCACCCAUGAUACCCAACCCAGAGUACAAGGGAGAAUGGAAACCGAAGCAAAUUGACAAUCCCAACUACAAAGGAACCUGGGAGCACCCUGAGAUCGACAAUCCAGAAUACAGUCCUGACUCCGCCAUUUACAAAUUUGGCAACGUCGGAGUUAUUGGUCUUGACCUUUGGCAGGUGAAGUCCGGCACCAUCUUUGACAACUUUGUGAUUACGGAUGACGUGAAGGAAGCCGAGGACAUUGGAAACGAGACGUGGGGUGUCACAAAGGAACCUGAGAGAAAAAUGAAGCAGGAGCAAGACGACUUGAAACGAAAGGAGGAGGAGGAGAAGAACAAAGAGCAGGACACCGAGGCGGGCGAGGAAGAUGAUGAGGAAGAAGAGGAGGAGGCUGAAGAAGAUGAGGAUGAGGAAGAGGAAGGACUCUCAGAAGAGGAUGCAAAGCUUAAAGAUGAGCUUUAAGGAGGUCACAGAUUUUCUUUAAGGAUAAAACUCCUGUGUACAUUCCAGGGAAAUCAUGGCUGCUGUGCAUCCUCACCCUUAAAAUAACACAACACAACACCUUUUGAAAUGUAGUGCGGGGGGUCUGUCACUCUGGUCAUGUGUCUCACAACUUCUGGCAAUGCGCUGAAUUUCAAUCUCUUUACCAUCACAUGCUCCAGCCUCUCUAAAAGUGGCUUGGAGUAAAACAUUUAUAUUUUCAAUAUUUACACUCUGUUGUUGUGGAAGAUAAAAACAUGAAUUUCAAAUAAAAUCAAUGCGUAAAACCCCAAUCAGUGGGGGAAAAAAAACAACUCUUUGUCAAUUCUAAACUGAAUGUUAAGUCAUGGUUGGUACUGACACAUCCAUGUCCUGUUCCAAGGCAAGUGCAAAUCUAAUCAUUUGGUUUCCAUGUCUUUACAAAUGAUUUAAAAACAAUUUCAUUUCUGUGUUCAACUCUGUCUUUUAAAGCAGCUCUUGCCCUGUGAUCAUUAAUGGAGUAGUUUUCCCAAUUUUGUUUGAUUGUACCAACAUUUUUAAUAAAGUUGUCAGAUUCC